CGUGCCUUUAUCCCUGUUGUGAUAAGAACAGCGAUGUACAAGAUCAAUGAAAAUGUUUAAAAGUCGUCCAAGACCAAUUUAUUCGGGUAGAUAAGUGGGUUCAUUCAAGACUGUCACCUUAUUCGACGCGGAAUGCCGAUAAGACCCCACAAAUCAAACAUGACGAGUUCUUCCGAAGUAAACACAAAUUGUAUUCAACGCAGUAUGUAAAUGGCUUCAUAAAUAAAUUCUUGAAUCAUGGAAAAUAAGGCAUAUGAAAAUUCUGAAACGAAUGGAGGAGUAAUUGAGAAUGGAACCCGAAAAAGAUAUUUGACAGACAGUUCAGAGUCGCAGGACACUAGUGAUGUCAGUAUAGUGCCCGAGAGGGUCCAAAUGAAGAAAAAUGUCGGACUCAUCAGCGGAACCUCUCUGAUAGUCGGCACCAUCAUAGGAUCUGGAAUUUUUAUAUCACCAAAAAGCGUGUUGGACAGGACCGGGUCUGUCGGACUAAGCCUUGUUGUCUGGGUAGCCAGUGGAUUCUUAGCCUUGCUUGGUUCAUUGUCGUACGCUGAGUUGGGAACUGUCAUAAGGAAAUCUGGUGGGGAGUAUGUGUACAUUAAGGAGGCUCUUGGAGAGAUUCCUGCCUUCCUGUUCGCGUGGACAUCUGUCAUGGUGGUUCGAACCUCCUCUAUGGCUAUCAUUUGUCUGACUUUUGGCGAAUAUAUGGCUACCUUUUUCCCGUAUUGUGGAUCACCAGUCAUCCCGAUGAAAAUUGUUGCUGCUCUUGCCAUUGUAUCCCUGGGAGUCAUCAACAGUUACAGUACAACACUGGCAGGAAGAACUCAGGUCUUCUUCACUGCCGUCAAACUAAUAGCACUUGUCGUCAUUGUUGUCGGAGGAAUCGUCAAACUCAUUCAAGGAAACACGUCUCAAUUUGAAAACAGUUUUGAUGGCACAACGACCUCCCCUUCCAGCAUUGCUCUGGCGUUUUACAACGCACUGUGGGCUUACGAUGGCUGGAAUAACCUGAAUUAUGUUACAGAAGAAAUAAAAAAUCCAGCUAAAAACCUUCCUCGAGCUAACGUUCUGGGUGUGAUGAUCACCACCAUCAUUUAUCUAUUGGUCAACAUCUCCUAUCUCACCGUCAUGACUUCAACGGAGCUUCUGAACUCAUCGGCUGUGGCUGUGACCUGGGGUGACCGCGUCCUAGGAGCAGCUGCCGCAUUGAUGCCUCUAGCCGUGUUGUUCUCCACGUUUGGUGCUGCAAAUGGAACUUUGUUUGGUGGUGGAAGAGUUGUGUAUGUAGCUGGUAGAGAAGGACACCUUCCAGAGAUGUUGUCAUACGUGCAUUGUAAAUAUUACACGCCAUUUCCCUCGGUGAUAUUUACAAUUGUGAUUUCCCUGAUUAUGAUAAUACCUGGAAACAUUGGGUCACUGGUAGACUUCUUUAGUUUUUCCGCCUGGUUGUUUUAUGGUCUGACUGUCACGUGCCUCAUCAUCUUCCGGUUCACAAAGAAAGAUGUCGAGAGGCCUAUUAAGGUUCCUAUUGUGAUUCCCAUUCUCUUUGUGCUGAUCGCUAUAUACCUUGUUAUUGGACCAAUCAUAGAAGAUCCACAAAUUGAACUCCUUUAUGCGUUCUUAUUCAUUAUUGGAGGACUCCUCUUUUAUUUUCCGUUCGUCUAUUUCAAGCUCCAAAUUAAAGGUUUUGAGGGGUUAACAACGGGAGUUCAGCUUCUUUGUGAGGUGGUCCCAAGUCCAUACGAACCAGAAAACUGAGACCACGCUAAAACAAAACAUGGACUGUAUAUACUUUGCCUACUUUGUUCACAUCUUUGCUUGAAAUGAACAAUUUUAUUGCAGUGGGUCAAGUAAAACUCACAGAAAAUGCUUAUGUUCAAGGAAAGUGUAAAUGAUGCAAGGUUAAGAAAUAGUGCACUGAAUUACAAUGAUUGACUGAUCUCAAAAAUCAAAAGAAUAUGCAAGAGCUUGGUCACUGGGGAAAAAUAUGCACAGAAGAUGAACAUCGAAAAUGUAGAUAAAUUUGUUAAUGUUCAAUAUGUAACAAAAAAGUAUGUAUGCUUUGACAAAUAGCUUUAUCAGUCUUUCAAUGAAAAAAGAUGUAAAAUCAAACUUCUUUUCGAUAAUUAUUACUAAUAUUAUUGUUUAACAUCUUCUUUUUGAUGACGUAAAUUCUUGCAACUCUUUUUCACAGCAAUAAACUAUUUUUUCAUGUUAAUUAUUAUAAGUUAAUGCAACAAGCUUUAAGAGAGAUAGAGCAGAGGAUAUACUCUAUUUCAAGCUAAUGAAGUUUUCUAAACCUUAUUUGUAACUAAGUUUGUAAACCUUAUUAGUUAUUAAGAAUGUAAUAUAAAUCUAAAAGGAUAUGAAAGAUCAAAUACUUUAUACAUGUAUGUCAUGUCAGUGUUCAUAUUUUGUUAUU